GGAGGAAAGACAAGAACAAUCCCGCACUCCACACCCCGCGGCCCUGGCGAAGACCCACCCACGGGGGACGCGUGGUUCACGGCUGGCACGCUCGGCUUGUGGUUCUGCGGGUGACAGUCUGGAACUUCAGUGUCCUCAGAUUCUUUGCAUCCCCUGGAGAGAAGCCAAGAUCAUUUAUUUUCCUGGAGGAAGCAUGUAGCUCCUUGCUAAGCUUUGCUUGUCAAUCCAGGUCCUGCAGCCUUUUGAGGGGGAGCGGACUACGAUGUGGAUGAACGGGAGAAGUCGGAGUCUCCACCCGACGCUUUGCUUCCUCCUGGAAGACCGUCCAGUGGGAGCGGAGCCGCUGUCUCCCGCGGCGAUCAGCGCCAAGGCUCAGGCCCCUGUGUAGGUGGGAUGGACGGAAGGAGCACGCUGCCGGUGGUCUAGACCGGGGAGCCCUUGCCGGGGUGGGGGGCCGCGAUGCCACGUGGUCUGGACGCAUGGCCCUCCCCUGAGUGACCAUGGUCCGCCGCGGGCUGCUGGGCUGGAUCUCUCGCAUGGCGGUGCUCCUGGUGCUGCUCUGCUGCACCGUUUCGGUCCUCUACAUGUUGGCAUGCACCCCGAAAGGUGACGAGGAGCAGGCCUUGGGGCUCCCCCGGGCCAAUGGCCCCACGGGCAAAGAAAGCUACCAGGCCGUGCUGCAGGAGCGCGAGGAGCAGCACCGCAACUACGUCAGCAGCCUCAAGAGACAGAUCGCCCAGCUCAAGGACGAGCUCCAGGCCCGCAGCGCGCAGCUCCGCACCGGCCAGGAGCAGGCCAGCGAGGCCGCAGGCCUGCACCCCGCCCCGGGCCCUCCCGCACCCCCAGCCCAGGCCGACCUGCUGGCCUUCCUGCGCGCCCAGGUGAGCAAAGCGGAGGUGCAGACCGGGGUGAAGCUGGCCACCGAGUACGCCGCCGUGCCUUUCGAGAGCUUCACCCUGCAGAAGGUGUACCAGCUGGAGACCGGCCUGACCCGCCACCCCGAGGAGAAGCCCGUGAGGAAGGACAAGCGGGACGAGCUGGUGGAAGCCAUCGAGUCGGCCCUGGAGAGCCUGAACAGCCCUGCGGAGAGCGCCCCGAAUCAGCGAGCGUACACCGCCUCGGACUUCAUAGAAGGGAUCUACCGAACAGAAAGGGACAAAGGCACUUUGUACGAGCUCACCUUCAAAGGGGACCACAAACACGAAUUCAAACGACUCAUCUUGUUUCGGCCCUUUGGCCCUAUCAUGAAAGUGAAGAAAGAGAAACUCAACAUGGCCAACACACUUAUCAACAUCAUCGUGCCGCUGGCAAAGAGGGUGGACAAGUUUCGGCAGUUCAUGCAGAACUUCAGGGAGAUGUGCAUCCAGCAAGAUGGGAGAAUUCAUCUCACGGUUGUUUACUUUGGGAAAGAAGAAAUGGAUGAAGUAAAGGGAAUCCUCGAGAACACGUCCAAAGCCGCCAACUUCCGGAACUUCACCUUCAUCCAGCUCAAUGGGGAAUUCUCCCGGGGAAAGGGCCUGGAUGUUGGCGCCCGCUUCUGGAAGGGGAGCAACGUCCUUCUGUUUUUCUGUGACGUGGACAUCUACUUCACCUCCGAGUUCCUCAACACGUGUAGGCUGAACACACAGCCAGGGAAGAAGGUGUUUUAUCCGGUGCUUUUCAGUCAGUACAACCCUGGCAUCAUCUACGGCCAUCACGACGCAGUGCCGCCCCUGGAACAGCAGCUGGUCAUAAAGAAGGAAACUGGGUUCUGGAGGGACUUCGGAUUUGGGAUGACUUGUCAGUACCGGUCAGACUUCAUCAACAUAGGUGGGUUUGACUUGGACAUCAAGGGCUGGGGCGGAGAGGACGUGCAUCUGUACCGCAAGUACCUCCACAGCAACCUCAUCGUGGUGCGGACACCCGUGCGGGGACUCUUCCACCUGUGGCACGAGAAGCGCUGCGUGGACGAGCUGACCCCUGAGCAGUACAAGAUGUGCAUGCAGUCCAAGGCCAUGAACGAGGCGGCGCACGGGCAGCUGGGGAUGCUCGUCUUCCGGCACGAGAUAGAGGCUCACCUUCGCAGACAGAAGCAGAAGACAAGCAGCAAGAAAACAUGAGCCCUCGCCCCCAGGGGUGGAUU